UUUUAAUUUAUUAUUUGUUCGUCGGCCUGUGGGCUAGCUGGUGAUAGCCACACGAGUUGAAUUUUUCUUGCUGGAUACUAUAACGAAUCAGGCAUUCAGGCUUGUUGACACCCUAGUCACGACAAGGAACUUUUUCCUCCCCGAUCGCCACCCCCCGCCCCCCCCCACACAUGUACACACGCACUCAAACUGAAGAAAAAUCAAAUCCCGAUCGAUCGAGCGAAUUCGCCGGUCCGUCCGUGCGAGGCCAGCGGAGCAAAUAAAAAUGACGGGGGGGAGGGCGUCGUGGUCAGAGUUGCGGCCGACGAGGGCGGGGCAGCGGACGGCGACGGCGGUGGAGUUCGCGGGGCUGUGGGUGGGGCUGGCGGUGGGCGUGCCGUCGUACUACAUCGCGGGGGCGCUGGUGGAGAAGGGGAUGGCGUGGUACCAGGCGCUGGGCGUGGUGGUGCUGGCCAAGUCCCUCCUCCUCCUCCCCCUCCUCCUCCUCUCCCACCCGGGCGCCCGCUACGGCCUCCCCUUCCCCGUCCUCGCCCGCGCCUCCUUCGGCCCCCUCGCCGCCCACCUCCCCUCCCUCCUCCGCGCCCUCGUCGCCGCCGGCUGGUUCGGCAUCGAGUCCUGGAUCGGCGCGGAGGCGCUCCUCCUCCUCCUCCCUUCCUCUUACCGCGUCGGCGUUUCCUACGCCGUCUCCUUCGUGCUCUUCAUUGCUAUCCAGCUCCUCCUCGUACUGAAAGGCAUGCGCGGAAUCCGCGCCCUAGAGAAGUACUCUGCACCUGUCCUCAUAUUCUUGGCCGUGACUUUAUUAAUUUGGGCCUACGUUUGGGCCGGGGGCUUCGGCCCAAUGCUGUCGCUCCCGCCACGGCUCAGCCCGGGCGAAUUCUGGGCCCUCUUUUUUCCGUCGCUGACCGCAAACGUCGGCAGCUGGGCCGCUGUCGCCCUCACCAUCUCGGACUUCACCCGCUUCGCCCGGUCGCAGGCCGACCACAUCCUCGGCCAGCUGGGCCUCCCCCUCUUCAUGGGCUCCUUCGCCUUUGUGGGCCUCGCCGUCACCUCCGCCACCCAGACCAUCUUCGGCCGCAUCAUCUCCGACCCGGUCCAGCUCGCGGCCCACAUUAACGGGGGCCCGUUAGUGAGGUUGUUCGUAGUGAGUGGAUUAGUUUUGGCCAUCGUCACAACCAACAUCCCCGCGAACAUAGUGGGCCCCGCGAACAUACUAAUGGGCCUCAGCCCAAAAUGGUUCACGUUCCGGCGCGGGGCCCUUGUAACGGCCGUCCUAAGUGUCGGGUUCCAGCCGUGGAGGAUCUACGGCAAUGCGGAUAGAUUUGUGUAUGCUUGGCUCGUGAGCUACUCCGCGGUGAUGGGGCCCAUCGCGGGGAUCAUUCUCACCGACUACUUUGUGCUCCGGCGCACCGUGCUGGACGUCGAGGGCCUCUACGAGACGGGCCCAGGGGGCCCAUAUUAUUACUACAGGGGCUGCAAUUUAGUGGCCCUGUUCACUAUGGUGGUGACCGUGGGGCCCACAAUUCCGGGAUUCCUCCACAAGGUGGGAGUGGUGGGGCCCAUCCCCGAGGCCCUGGUGUUCAUCUACAACGUGGGUUGGUUCUUCGGGUUCUUCUCCUCCGCACUCGUUUAUGCGGCGCUCUCGUAUUUAUGCGGACGCUGCGGAGUAGGUGGAAAGGCCGAGGCCACUGCCACUUAUUCACCGACACUAACGGGCCCACUUUUGGCAGAGUGAAGUUUUUUUCUUUUUCAAAUUUCUUUCUUUUACCUCUAUUUUGUUUUGUUGUUUUUCUUUUUUUUUGGACAUAAACCGGUUUAAUAAUUCGUAAAUUAGUGUAGGGCUACUAUACUAUCUGAA